CCAACUCAAUCAUCAUCACUCCAUUAAAAUCCUCAGUCCUCAAGCUAUCUUUGAACGAACUCAUCAAUUGAUUUUCUUAAUAUUUCGUCAUGUUGAAGGUCUGGAAAUGGUAUCAGACAUGUUUGGCUGUUCAUCCAGUUAAGACCCAAAUCAUGAGUUCUGGUAUUCUAUGGGGACUUGGAGAUACUGCUGCGCAGACCAUAACUCACUCUAGAAGGAUAAAACCAAAUGUAACCCAUGAUGACGAUGAUGAUGAAAAAUUCAAGAUGAAUUGGAAAAGAGCAGCUAUCACUAGCGGGUUUGGCUUCGGAUUUGUUGGUCCAAUUGGCCAUUUCUGGUAUGAAGGUCUAGAUAGACUGAUGAGAUCACGACUAAAAUACCAACCAACAUCGUUACGAUUUGUUGCCGGGAAACUGGCACUUGAUGGUUUGAUUUUCGGACCACUAUAUGGGGUCACAUUCUUCACUUACAUAGGAUUUUCUACUGGCAAGAGUGUAGCUCAAGUUGAAGAAGAUGUUAAGAGGGAUCUUAUACCCGCAUUGGCUGUAGGAGUUGCAUUUGGACCAAUCCUCCAGUUUGUGAAUUUUCGGUUCGUUCCGGUAAUAUAUCAACUUCUUUAUGUAAACAUGUUUUGCUUGUUAGACAGUGCAUUCAUGUCAUGGAUUGAACAACAACAGAAUGCACCUUGGAAAAAAUGGUUCUCAUCUCUUCUUACUUCUGAAGACCAACAAGAAAGCAAGGAAUGCUAGUGCGCUGAUGAAUUUCUCGAAAUAAUGUAAUCUGUUGAUAAUGAGUUCUUACAAAUUUUGAUUGAAACUUGGUUUGUGUGUUCUUAAAUGAAACUUGGUUUUUGCGUGUUAAUGAAUUUGAAUUCACUAGUGAGCCAAAUUAAACAAUAACUGGAUUCAUUUCUUGAUCA